AUGCAUGCGUUGACAACGUAUUAUUUCGACACAAAGAGCAGCACCUUCAGGACGAAGACGAUACAGAAAUCGUUAGGGCCGAAUGAUUUGCUGAUCAUGACCACCCAUUCUGGCCUCUGUGCUACCGAUGUUCACGCCAAAGCCAAAGAGUGCGGACUUGGACAUGAAGGUGUAGGCUUUGUGAGGGCGGUCGGCCAAUCAGUGACCCAGUUCACAGUCAACCAGAGGGUCGGUUGGGGUUGGCUGCACUCGUCGUGCGGCUAUUGCUCAACUUGCGUGACCGGCUACCGUCAGUACUGCGGCGAAGCACGCGGUUUCGCCUUCUCCGACCUCGACCAAGGCGCAUUUAGCGACAACAGGAUAAUUGACGCAGCAUUCGCUUACCCCAUACCAGCUGGUAUUGACCCCACAGACGCAGCCCCGCUAAUGUGCGCCGGCGCCAGUACAUUUGAAGCACUGGACGUAGCUGGCACGAAACCAGACGAUCGCGUCGGUGUUUUCGGCGUCGGCGGGCUCGGACACAUGGCUAUCCUGUUUGCCAAGUCUAUGGGCUGCGCCGUCACGGCAAUUACUUCAAAGAAGGACAAGAUUGCUGAUGCCUUCCGGCUAGGCGCUGAUGAGGUCAGACUCCACGACGCGCUUGAUACCGCAUACCUCAACGGCGACGACGGGACUUCGCAACACACAAUGGCUGUAACCCAGAAUAUCAACGUACUGCUAAUAACAUCCAACGGAGUACAAAAUCUUGAACCAUUCAUGCCGCUUCUGGCUCGAAGAGCGACGAUAGUUCUCAUGACUAUCCAGCAAGAGGCGCUUCAGGUACCAUAUAUGCCGUUUGUACUUCCCGGACAUCGGCUCAUCGCCUCCACGGAAGCGUCUCGUGAGAACCAUAUCAAAAUGCUUGAGUUUGCGGCGCGGCACAAGAUCAAACCAUGGAUCGAGCAAUUUGAUAUGACAGCUGAGGGCCUGUCUCAUGCCUUUAACCAUUUAGAGAGCGGCAACAUGCGGUAUCGGGGUGUUCUAGUCCGUCGUAACUUGCAGUGA